CAAGCCACAGCUGCAAGAUGGACCUGAAGGUAGCACUCAUCCUGACAAGUUGCCUUAUUUCUCAAGGUCGGUGUCUGAUGUGUCACAACUGCCUCCCUGAUGACACCGGCUUCUGCCACGAUGUCCAGGGACCCUGUCCCGAAGAAUGUGCCAGCGUCAGAGUCGCCUCGUACAUAGAUGGCAGGAAGCAAGGUGUGAUGAAUCUGAAGACCUGCUCCCAGUCUGACAUGUGUAUUGUGGGAUCUAUUAACUUCGGAACCUCCAGAGUCAAAGUGGAGAAUACAUGCUGCUCCACUCAUCUCUGCAAUGGAAAAACUCCACCAGAGUCCCGUGAAGACAUCUCGAACGGAAACCGAUGUUACACCUGCAGGAAUGGAGACUGUUCUUCAACGGUGGAGUGCUUGGGAGAUGAAGAUCGCUGUGUUACAUCUAUAGCUACAGAUGAGGAAGGAAGGUCCACUGGCAUUCAGAAGGGCUGUGCGUCCAUGUCGAUCUGCCAGCAGAGGGACUCCUCCAGCCUCUUCCUGGCCGAUUUGGCCGACCAGCUGAUCUGCUGCGAGGGCCAGCUGUGCAACGACGGCACAGUGGCGACGACCAAUCACAACGCAGGAAACCUGGCUCACCUUACCAGGAGCAACAGGCACAUACUUCUGGCGAUGGUGGCGGUGUCUGUCUAUGGAUUUCAGUGAUUAUCAUCUCUGGAGUUGUUGUUGCUUUGAAGCCAUGGCCUAAUGGAUACAGUAUAUAGUUAAAAAAAAACAGUGUUAAUAUAACUCCUAAAGUAUGCCAAGUGUUUAAGCCUUUAUUCAGACAGGACAGUUUGAGAGUAUGACAGGACAUGAGUGGGAGGUAGGGAUGGGGGAAUUUUCGGAAAUAUUUCGUGUCCCCAGGGUUAGCAUUACAGUACAGUGUGUACAGUACAGUACAGUACAGUACAGUACAGUACAGUACAGGCCAGAGUAAGGCCCAGUGUAACAUUUUCAAAGUUAUUUCUACUCUUGUAAAAACAUUAAGAGCUGUGGAGUUGAAAUUACAUUUGCAACCUGCAGAAUUUAAAAUUAAAAUAAAAACCCUAGACUUUUGACUGAACAAAAAAGGGAUAAUCCAGGCAACUCCAAGUGAAAAUGAGGAAGUGAAUUAAAAAGCCUUUAUCAUCUUAUGGCUAAAACAUGAUUAAAAGAACCAAAACCUUUGACUUUUGACACUGUCAGAGUAAUUUAACUCUAUCUGGAUCAUAUAGGUCACUCUGAAAUAUCAGCAGUCUAUUUCUUUCUUAGUGUGUAGGAAGUUGGUCCUGUGAAGGUUGCAAGUUGGAAUCUCACGUCAUUGCUGACUCAUUUGCCCCUUGACAAAGCACUUAACCUGACAUCACUUCAGAAACUGUAACUAAUAAAUAUUAUUCAUUACUUCGGAUACAAAAAACAUCAGCUAUGUGUAAUAUAAUCAUACAAAUUAAUAUAAUGUAAUUUAGUUAGUGAUAUCAUUAAGAUUGCCAUUCAUUGCAUGUCAUGUCAGCUUUGUACUGUGAGCAAAUAUGCUUCUUUUUGUGGCUUGAAAUCACACUUUUCUUUUUUUUAUCUCUCCUCUGGCUGCGACACAGCUAUACCUGGAUGAAUAAAUUUACUGGAUAACAUUAUUUUAAUCACGUGUUGUUCUUAUUUCAGUGACAUGAUGGAAAUGUAAAACAUUUCAGUUUGUAUGUUUAGGUCACUUCAUAAAGGACAUACAAUA